AUGCCGCCGAGCUGGCCUGCUGCUAUUGGUCGCGCAGAAGCGCCUGCACGCGGCGGGGGCAGCGCUGACAUGGCGUCUGCAGGCGCGUUGCGCCACGCGUUCGGGAGCGUGACUGAGCUGGACGGCCUUGCGGAAGCCGGGAAUUGCGGAGAGACAUCAAAAGCGACUCGCGCUGGCGCGGAGGGCCUGCGGAGGGUUACGGCGGAUAGGUUAGGCGUGGAAACGCGCACUUAUGUGCGGAGAGAGCAGAGCGGAGGAGUGGCGGAAAGGGUGGCGGAGGAAGCGCGGGUUUACGCGGAGGUUGUUGCGCGCAGCGGCGCAGAAUUCAGGGAAGCAGCGGGUCAGGCCGCGGGGCGGGGGCUCCCCGCACGUAGGACAGGUCCCCGCGAAGCUGCGGAGGCUGCUCGGACUGCGCCUGGUGCGCCGGGGAUAGGCAGGGGGGAGGGUGCGCGGAAGGGAGUUGCGGGCGGGGCUUGCGCGGGGAGCAGAAGCAGCAGUGGAGAGGAAGAUUGGCGGGAAGGUUUGGGCGGAAGUGGCGGAUAUGUGCGCGGUACGGGGAGUUUCCAAGAGAGGCGGAACGGGGUAAGCGCGCCGAGGGCUGCGGGACCUUUCGGUACACGUGUCAACCAGGCAUUGGUUCAGGGUGAAGGCAGCUUGGCGCAGGAGAGCGGAGAGGGGGAGGCGAAUAGGCGGAGCAUGGGCGCGGAGGGGAUGGGAAGGGGAAGGGGGAGAGGGGGUGAGGAUGGGAUGGGGAGAGGAAGGGGGGAAGGGAGGGGAACUGGAAGGGGGGAAGGGAGGGGAAGGGGAAUGGGGGAAGGGAUGGGAGUGGGAAUGGGGGAAGGGAUGGGAAGGGGAAUGGGGGAAGGGAUGGGAAGGGAAAGAGGAAGGGGGGUUGCUGAGAGGGCAGUGGGGGGACGUAGCUGGAAGGAGCGGCAGUUGGGGCGAGAGGGCAUGGGAUGGGGGGAGCUGGGGGGUGGGGGGGAAGAGGCGGGCGGGGAGGGGGUGGGCAUGGCAUGGCGCAGAGGGAGCAUGGGGGAUGCGGAUUGGCGGGCUGGUGGGGGAGGGGAUUCUGCCGGUGUGCACCGCAGGGCGGCUACAGUAGCUGGCCUGGGCGGCGUGGGCGGCAUGCAAAGUAUGGGCGGCGUGGGCGGCAUGCAAAGUAUGGGCGGCAUGGGCGGCAUGAGUCGUAUGGUGCGAGACAAUGGGGAUGAAAUGGGUGCAACCGUGGGCCUGGGAAUCGUGCAGGGGGCAGCAACGGCAGUGGGGAGGGGGAGAGGGAUGGGGAGGGGGAGGGCCCUUCUAUAUAGGGCCAUGGGGGGAGGUAGCUGGAAGGAGCACGCGGUGGGGCGAAACGGAACGAGUGGUGGCGUGGGCAACAUGGGCGGUAUGGGCGGUAUGGGCGGCAGUCAGAGGGAAAUGCCAACUGGUGGGCAGGUGGGGGAGUGGUUGGAGCAGGCACACGUUCCUGUAACGCAGCAGGCUGUAACGAGGAUGUGUCAAUCAAAUCACACCGGGCGGCAACAGGAGAGACCCCUCCUCGCGCCCCACGGCAGGCCUCUGCCCGCCUCUCACCAGCGCUGCUCGCUUCAAAGGUGUGACCCAGCGGUGGUGCCAGCUCAGCGUGUCAGUCUUCCAGGUCAGCAGAGCGGUAUGCCAGGUCAGCAGCGCACAGCUGUGGCUCGUGAUCUGCAGCACGGAGCAUCGUGCGCUCGUCACGGCCUUGAGGGUGUGCCCACCUCCCAACCCAACGACCAGCACUUGCAGCAGCAACACACUCAGCGGCACCCCCAGCAGCACCCCCAGCAGCACCCCCAGCAGCACCCCCAGCAGCACUAUGAGCAGCUCAGCCAGCCAAGAGGCCCCUCCUUUCAACCCCUCAAUGCUGCUGCUGCUGCUGCUGCUGUGCCGGCACCCACUGGUUGCGCCCGCGGCACCGCCUCCGCGUCAAGCGCUGAGCAUCACUUGCACGGCAGAGGGCCGGCAAGCACUGGCCGCCGCAUCAGCAAGUCCGCCUCUCUCCCCCUCAAUGCUGCUGCCCCUGCCACCACUCCAUCUACUGGCUGGGCGGCAGGCACUGGCAGCAGCAAGUCCGCCUCGUUCCCCCUCAAUGCUGCUGCUGCUGCCGCAUCUACCGGGGGCCCGGCAAUCAUGUGCACUGCUCGUGCUCGCAAGGCCAGCAGCCAGUGCGCCUCUCUGCACCGCCGCAUGCUCACCUUCCCCCUCCCCGCCGCCUCUCCUCGCACCCGCAUCUCUCCCCCUCGUCCUUCUCCGGCUCCUCUUCCUGCCGCUGCCGCUCCUGCUGGUGUGGCUUCUGCUGCUGCUGGUCCCGCUGCGGUGUCCCUUCCUACUCGUACGGCUGCUGCUGCUGCCACUGCAUGUGCUGCUGCCUGUGCUGCGGACGGCAGGAGUAGCGCCAGCAUGCACCGUCGCGAGCAUGGGAGCGAGCAUGGGCGUGGUGGCGUUGCUGGUGCUGGCAGCACGAGGGAACCAGUGAGCACAUUAGGAGCAGUGAGCCGGGCGCCAUCCAGAUGGCACUCGUGGGGGGGUGCCACGGCUGGUGCUCUCGCCACUGCACCCAGCAGCAAGCCCAGGCCAGCACACCAUCUCUCCCAACCAACCUCCUCUUCCUCUGCUGCCUCCCACAUCCCAUCCCACACCGAGCCUCGGACGCAGGCUCGGGCCGCACCAGCAGCCCAUCCCCGGUCCCUGCCCGAGCCACCACCACAGCUGACGAACGCCCAGCGACUCUAUGAGUCUCUGCCCUUGCAGCAGCGUCAGUUACGUGCCCAGCCUCUCACUCCCCUCCGCCUCACACCGCUUUCCCUGCUCGAAACCUCCUCCUCCUCCUCGCCCCGUCACACCCCCUCUCAGCCUUCCCAUGCCUCCGUGCCUGCAGCUCCUUCCCCCCGGUUCCCCCUCUCCCAACACUCACCCAACUCAUCCUCAUCCUUCUCCUCCCCUCGCUCUCUCCCCCCACACCCCUCCCCUCGCUUUCUCGCCCCGCAAACCUCCCCUCGCUCUCUGGCCCCACAGCCCUCCCCUCGAUCUCUCCCCCAGCAACCUUCCCCCCGCUCUCUCCCCCCACAGCCCUCCCCCCGUUCCCUUACCCGCGGCCCCACCUUCCCCUCCCCCAUGCCUGCUUCCACGGCCCGCUUCGUGCCUGCCCAUGGGUCCUCUCUGCACCGUGACUCGCUCCUUCAUGCUGCUGCUGCCGCUGCCCUCUCCGUGCCUGCCCCUGCUGCCCCUGCUGCUGCUACGUCUGCUCGCGCUGCUGCUCACAGCACUGCCCACAUACAAGCUCACACUCAUGCACAAUCCCAUGCACAGUCCAACGCACAAACUCGUGCCCAUGCCCAUGCACACAUGCCUGUGAGCAUGCUGCAUGCCACACGUGCAAGACCUGUGCCGCCCAGAGCGCAUGUGCAAACAACGGACGCCGUACCACCGCCCGUCGGCCAUGCAAGCCGCGUUAUGCCAACCGCUAUCUGUGCUCCUCCCACAACCGUUCCCUGUCAGCCGGCCACUGCAAUGCCACGUGGCAGUGUGCCACUGGUCAAUACACGUCCAAUGGUGCGCGGUGGCGACUCAGCAGCAGGUGCAGGGGCGAAUGGAAGGCCUGCUGUAGGAGGGGGGAGAGGCGUGGAGGGAGUUACAAGGGGAGGUAUGGGGCGGGGAAGAGCACAUCACACAGCUCAAGAUGGAAGGGUGGGGAGCAGAGCAGGUGGUAUGGGGAGGGGCGUGGCGCAUAGUCAAGGUGGGGGGACCAGUGGGGGGAGAACGAGUGGGGCGGCAAUAGGAGGAGAGAGAGGGGUGCACGGGGGAGUGAUGGGAAAGGAGGUGGAGAAAGGAGAGGAAGAGGAAGAGGAAGGGGAGGAGGAAGAGGAGGUGGCAGUGAGAAGGCUAGUUCACUUGGACAGUGUGUCACUAUGCAAGAGGAGGAAGGGGGGGGAGGUGCAUGGGAGGCAGGAGGAAGAGAAGGAGGAGGAAGAUGAGGAGGAGGAGGAAGAGGAGGACACGGGGAGUGUGGUGGUGCGGGUUUUCCCCCAUUCGGAUAGCAUCUCUGUGCAGAAGUGUCACCGGAUAAGGGAUGAUGAAGAAUGGGAGGAGGAGGAAGAUGAGGAGGAGGAGAGAGAGGAGGAGGGGGAGGUGCGUGUGUUUCCGCAUGCCAAUAGCGUUGCUGUGCACAAGUUCAGGCAGAUAUGGGAGGAGGAGCGGGAAGAGGAGUCAGAGGAAGAGAAAGAGGAGGUGAAAGAGGAGAAACAGGAGGACGAGUCAGGGGAAGAUAGGGCUGAGGAGACAGAGGAAGGCGCAGAGGUGCGCGUGUUUCCACAUGCCAAUAGUGUUGCUGUGCAGAAGUACAGGCAGAUAUGGGAGGAGGAAGAGGAGGAAGAGGAGGAAGUGGAAGAGAAAGAGGAGGAAGACUUGGGAGAGGAAGAUGCAGAGGUGCGUGUGUUUCCACACGCCAAUAGCGUUGCUGUGCACAAAUUCAGGCAGAUAUGGGAGGAGGAUGAGGGGAAAGUGGAGGAGGAAGAGGAGGAGACAGAGGAGAAAGAGGAGGAGGAAUCGGGAGAGGGUAGGUCCGAAGAGGCUGAGGAGGAAGCAGAGGUGCGUGUGUUCCCACAUGCCAAUAGUGUUGCCGUGCACAAAUACAGACAGAUCUGGGAGGAGGAGCAGGAGGAGGAAGAGGGUGCAGAGGAUACUCCGAAGGUUCGUGUGUUUCCUCACUCAAGCAGUCUGGCUGUUGCGAGGCAGCGGAAUGGAGUGGGGAAUAGAGGGAGAGAGGAGGUGGAGGAAGGGGAGGACGAGGAGGAGGAUGAGGAGGACGAGGACGAGGAGGAGGAUGAGGAGGAGGAGGACGUGGGGACACCGGAAGAAGCAAGGGUUCGUGUAUUCCCACAUUCAAACAGUCUAGCUGUUGCGAGGCAGAGAAAUAGAGAUAGAGAUGAGGUAGAUGAAGUGGAGGAGGCGGAGGAAGUGGAGGAGGAGGACGAGGAGGAGGAGGAUGCCAAUGUGCGUGUCUUCCCUCAUGCCAACAGUGUAGCUGUGCACAAGUACAAGGAGAUAUGGGGGGAUGAAGAGGAGGAAGUGGAUGGUGAUGUGGUUGAGGACGUGGAGGAAGAGACGGGAUUAUGGGAGGGAGGGUAA